UGCAUUCAAGCACAGUCUUGCGUGAACCCUAACAGAUGGAUCAUGGGCUCAUGUGCCCCAAAAGUAAUCUUUUGGAUAGACGGGCCACCUUGUUUGACAUGUCAGUUUGACGUCAAAUCCUCAAGAGAUCUGCAGACAUAUGCAAAGCAGACAGGCUCGAUGGGUUUCGACUGCAUGGAAAUGGCUUCCCUGUCUCUAUUUUAUAACAUGACAAGAAGCCAGCUGGACUUUGAUCUCUCUAUAGGCCAACAGGUGAUACAGGUGAUCUGACGAAGGACGACUUGGUAGUGUUUCUUGAUUUUUGCUGGAUUAAUAGAAUUUUACGAGAGCUGUGGAUGCUGGUGUGACGAUAACUGAGGAAACAUGGAUGUUUUUAGACUGGGUCUUUUUCUUCUGAUGACUAUGGUGGUGUCCGCUCAGGUGCAGCUGCAGCCUCCAAAUGCAGCGGUGCUCAGUGGUUCGAAGGCUCGAUUCAACUGCAGCACACCUCAGCCCCAAUCCGUCAUGAACUUGCUGGUCAAUGGACUCUUGGUCAUCACCAUUCUUGAAGCAACUGGGGUGCUGAACAGCACAGAUCGUUUUUCAGCCACGAAUUUCACCACACCUGGAGAUUACAAAUGGGAGUUAGUAAUUAACAAUGUGCGGAGAGACGAUGCGGGUGAAAUCACCUGUCAGGUUUUGGGUGGAGUGGCUCAAACGGCCACACUGUCUGUACAAGAACGUGGCAGCGUGGAGAUCGUAGGUGGAAAUCAGACCAAAACAGAAGGAACUCAGACAGAGUUCCUGUGCAAGGCCGUAGGCUGGUUUCCUGAACCCAACGUGUCCUGGUCUGUAAAUGGAGAGGCAAAUUCCUGCAACUCGAGCUCUGUAGCACAGGGAAAUCAGUUUAACUCCAACUGCACGCUGACAGUCACUGCCAUCAAAAAUUCUUCUGUUCAGUGUCUGGUCAAGAUACCUGCCCUGAGCACACCAGAUGGCCGCACGGUCUUUCUGACCGUUGAAAAGCUCGCUAAAAGAGACCAGACGGUGUUGAUCGCUGUCACUGUGGCCUUCAGUGCAGCGGCUCUAUUGUUUCUAAUUAUCUAUGGAAUUUUCUUCUUCUGCAAGAGAAGGAAGAAAAAGUCAGGCUACCAAGAGGAGAUCAGGAGAGCACGAAUCCAGUCCCAGAAUAGGACGCCUGCAACAGAAAAUGUGCAAGGACGGGACAACCAAGGAUAUAAUAGAGAUGGACAUGAUGGACGCACCAACGGUGGAGUCUGGUACACAAACCACUCUAACAAACUUCAGAUGCCUGAUGGCUUUUUUGAUGAUGGUCACAGGAAUCACAGACACAUGACCAUCGUCUAAAUGUUGGACUUUACAGACAGCAGGUGUUAUAGCAGUCUUCUUUUUUGCACAUACAAUCGUCAUUUUAGGUUUGAUUACAGAAGAAGGACAGCCUGAAGGACUUCAUAUCAGCACUUAAGGUGUUCUUAUUCACCUCCACUGGAUUAUUCAUUGGAACAUUGAAGGAUUUUUUUUGGUGGUUUCAGACUUGAACACUGUAGAUAAUCACCACCAGGGCACAUUUUUGGGCUUUAACAGACAAACGUGGUCAUGAUGAGGGCGGUCGAGGGAUUGGUAAAGAUCUGCCGGAAAUCACUUGUCUGUUUAGGUAAACAAACUGGUAUGACAGAAGUGUUGAUUCAUUUUAUAAUCCUUGCAUGUGGAUAAUGCAUUCAUCAGAUGCUUAUUUCCACAGCAGGUUUGUUUGAAUCAACAUCUUCCUGUUUUUUCCAGAAUCAUAAAAUCAUCAGCAUAUGGCACAACACACCCUACAGGAGUUUUGCUUCCUGUUUUUAUAGCUGCUUACAGUUAAACUAAAGAUUUUCCAUGAGAAUCUUAUAUGACACAUCAUGCUUCAUGAAGCAUGAUGUGGCUAAACAAUUAAUCUAAACCACUAAUCUUUAACUUCCCACAGAGAGAAAACUGUUUAAAAGUGUUAUGAAAUUAAUUGGAACUAUGUGAUGCUUAUUAAUACAGCAAUCGAUCACUUAAUCAAUAAUAUCAAAUUUAUGAAUACCUCCUAUGUAGUUUUCACUUAUCUGUGUUUUACACAUUUUAAUGGCACUAAAAUCCAUUAAAUGGAUAAGCAUUUUGAACAAAUGUGUGUGUGUGUGUGUGUGUAUAUAUAUAUAUAUAUAUAUAUACACAUACACACACACAACCGUUCAAAAGUUUGGGGUCAGUACAUUUUUAUUGUUUCUUUUUUUUUCUUUUUUUUUAAAGAAAUUAAUACGUUUAUUCACCAAGGAUAUAUUAAGUUAAUAAUUAAAAGUUUAUUAAAAGUUAAUAAUAAAUAAUUUACAUUGUUAUAAAAUAUUUAUAUCUUGAAUAAACACUGUACUUUUUAAACUUGUUAUUCAUGAAAGAAUCCUGAAAAAAAAAAAUUACAGAUUCCAAAAAAUAUUUGGCAGCACAACUGUUGAUAUUAUCCAACACUGAUCAUUCUAAUAAUAAAUCUGCAUAUUAGAAUGAUUUCUGAAGGAUCAUGUGACACGACUGGAGUAACAGCUGAUAAAAAUUCAGCUUUUCAUCACAGGAAUAAAUUCUAUUUUAAAGUAUGUUAAAAUAAAAAACAUUAUUUUAUAUUGUAAAAACAUUUUGCAAUAUUUCUGUUUUUUUUCUAUAUUUUUAAUCAAAUAAAUGCAGCCUUGAUGAGCAUAAGAGACUUCUUUAAAGACUAUUACAAGUCUUACUGACCCCAAACUUUUGAACGGUAGUGUAUAUAUAUAUAUAUAUAUAUAUAUAUAUAUAUAUAUAUAUAUGUAUAUAUACACACACACACACACACAUAUAUAUAUGUAUGUUUUACAUAUAUAUACACAUACAUACAUACAUACAUACAUACAUACACACAUAUAUGUAUGUAUUUUUCGUCAUUUUAUGCAUGAACCUCACUUUUUAUGCCUAAAACAAGAAAAAUAUGUUUGCGAAAUAAAAAAAUGUAUUAUACCUAAUUCUCAACUAAUUCAACAUAUGUUUUAUUUUUCUGCUCAUUUUAAGAAUAUUUGUAUAUUUUAUUCUGAAGAAGGGAGAAAGGCCAGAUUAGAAGAAUUAUUUUUAGCUUUUCUUUUUUUGUCUGACAACAUAUUUAUGUGUCCCUAAAUUCUUAUGUAUGUAA